AUGAUAAAAAAUAUUUUAUAUAAAUUUUCUACUUUCAAAUCUCUAUAUGGGCAAGCAGGUACAGUCAGUUUUAAAUUAUUGAAUGGUUAACAUAAAGUAACUUUAUAAACUCAUUGGGAAGAUAAUUGCGAAUAUUAUUGUCAACCUGAGACUGGCUUUUUGUUUGAUGAGGAAAAAGAUUAAAGUCAGAUUUCUAAUGUUGACAAUGGAAAAUAUCAAAUCAAAAUCAAUAUGCCUGAAUACUAUAAUUACAAUGGAAUAAUUAAUGGGGAUCUUUAACAUAUAUCAGCUGGUAUAGAUGCAAAACUAUAUGGAAAUAUUGAUAUUGAUUUAACUGGUGAUUUCUUAUCUUAAAAGAUUAAAUCAGAAAUCUGUAGAAUCAAAGCUAAUAGCUUAUAAGUAAAUUCUGCAUUAGAAACAUAAUUUGGAGAAUUAUGGAUUAAAAAUAAUGUCACUAUUAAGAAGUUACUCAUAUCAAAAGUAGCAAAUUUACAUUAAGAGAAUGGAGAUUGUAAAAUCUAAGCAGGAUAUGUUUAAAAUCUUUAAAAGAAUUAUCCAAUUCUUCAAAAAUUCUAAUUUUUAGAAAAUAUUGAAUAGAAUAAUCAUUUUUCAAUAUAAUCAUAGGCUAAAAACUUUAAUAUAGGAACAUUCUCAGGAAGAUUGAAAUGUAAUUUAAAAGCGGAAUCAUUUUUCAUCAAAUCAUUAUCUGGAUUAUUUUAUAUCAAUUAAUCUAAAAAUGUAGAAUUAGGAAUAACAAAUGAACAGAAUUAAGGAUUUAUUAAAGCAAAUAAUAUUAUUUUAAAUGUUUAUGAUAAAUUGAAGUUCAACAUAUUUAAUGGUGGUAAAUCAAUUUAUGAAUUCAAUGAGUCCUAUUAUAGUAUUUAUACAGAAUGUGAUAAUCUUGAAGUUCGAUUAAUAAAUAAUCCUUUUGGGAUUUUAUGA